CGGUGGGCUGGGUGCGCGCGGCAGGCGCAGAAUCCGGAGAGGUGGCUUCUGCUCGCUCCUCGAUGCGUCUGUGCAAGAAAGGGGCCAUCCCCCCGCCCCUCUGCUUGUCGGUUGACAUACGUUUUAAUAUUCCUAAGCUCCGGGUGGUUUCUCUCACCUGCCCACGUCCAAAGUAAAAUGCGUGGACGAUUGAGCCGUGCCGCGGCUACGUUGAGCUCUCCGAGGAACACGCGAGGUGUUCCAGAAUUCACCCAAGCUUUGGCUAAAUCCCCGGUUCAACAGUGUAAUGGGCUGUUAGAGCUUUGGAGUCAGACUGAUUUACUGCCUCCCUUACGGGGUCAGCCUUAGGCGUUUAAAGAAACUCCGCCUAGCCCGGGUUUCUCAGCUGUAAUAGUAACCCCUGUCUGGAGGCUCACGGUGGGGAAUAAGAUGGUGUAUGAAUGGCACCAAUGUCCGCUGACUCGUUCAGCCCCCACACCCAGAAGCAUCCUUGAUUCAGCUCCCGCCUUCAUUGAUGUACACUCCAGCCCUUCGCUCAGCUCUACCUGCAGAGAAUUCUUCACAGACGACCUGUGGGGCACACUCCCUGGCUCAUGGCAGGAAGCGCUGGACGGACUGAACCCGCCACAGCUGGCCACACAGCUGCUGGGGAUGCCCGGGGAAGGGGAAGUGGUCAGGUACAGGUCGGUGUGGCCACUCUCUCUGCUGGCCCUGAAGUCCACAGCCUGUGCCCUGGCCUUUACCCGGACACCUGGGUUUCAAACCCCCUCCGAGUUCCUGGAGAACCCCAGCCAGAGCUCCCGCCUGACAGCUCCGUUCCGGAAACACGUCAGGCCCAAGAAGCAGCACGAGAUCCGGAGGCUGGGAGAGUUGGUGAAGAAGCUGAGUGACCUCACAGGCUGCACCCAGGUUGUGGAUAUAGGUUCAGGCCAGGGCCAUCUCUCCCGAUUCAUGUCCCUGGGGCUGGGGCUGAUGGUGAAGAGCAUUGAAGGGGAUCAGAGACUGGUGGAGAGAGCCCAGCGCUUGGACCAGGAGCUCCUGCAGGCUCUGGAGAAAGAGGAGAAGAGGCACCCACAGGCGGUCCACGCGGGCCCUCGCCACUCGCCACACCACGUGGUUAGGUGGGUGGAGCCCACGGCCCUAUGCCAGGAGCUGCUGCUUCCACUGGAGACCCUGCCCCAGAGCGGGGCCCGCUUGCUGCUGACUGGGCUCCACGCGUGCGGGGACCUGAGCGUCGCCCUGCUGAGGCACUUCUCCUGCCCCGAGGUGGUGGCGCUGGCCUCGGUGGGCUGCUGCUACAUGAAGCUGAGUGACCCCGGCGGCUACCCGCUGAGUCAGUGGGUGGCCGGGCUGCCAGGCUGCGAGCUGCCCUACCGGCUUCGGGAGGGAGCCUGCCACGCCCUGGAGGAGUACGCCAAGCGGCUGCAGAAAGCGGGCCCUGGCCUCCGCACCCACUGCUACCGCGCAGCGCUGGAGACCGUCAUCCGGGGGGCCCGGCCCGAGCUUCGGCGGCCCGGCGUGCAGGGGAUCCCCAGGGUCCACGAGCUCAAGAUUGAAGAAUACGUGCAGCGGGGGCUCCAGCGGGUGGGGCUGGACCCCCAGCUGCCGCUGAAUCUGGCUGCCCUUCGGGCCCACCAGGCCCAGGAGAACCGAGUGGUGGCCUUCUUCAGCCUGGCCCUGCUUCUUGCCCCCCUAGUGGAGACGCUGAUUCUGCUGGACCGGCUGCUGCACCUUCAGGAGCAGGGCUUCCAUGCUGAACUCCUGCCCAUCUUUAGUCCUGAGCUCUCUCCCAGAAACCUGGUUCUGGUGGCUACAAAGAGGCCCCUGGGUGAAGCCUUCUCUCUUCUGGAGACUGAACACAGCUGACAAACCCCGAGACCACCCGGGCACCGCACUCACCCAGAGAACCACCAGUCCCUAUCCCUGGAACCCUGAUUUCUCCCUCCAUGUGUUAAUGUGAUAUGAUGUAAAAUUUAUUUUUAAUUUAUUAAAUAAGUGAAAUCUCCA